GUAACAUUCAGACCCACAUAAGACCCACAGACCCAGAUUCACAUAACUCUACCUAAAUCUACCCACACUAUCAUGUCUAAACGCCAGCGUGAUGGUCUCGAUGCUCCAGCUAAGAAAGCGGCAAAGAACCGGUUUAAAAAAUUAGUUCGUAUUGUUAUUUUAAAUAUGCAAUGGCUAAAUGAGGCCACAGAGGAUACUGGAAUAUCUCUUAACGUGAAAAAAAAUGUAGCAAUGUUAGUACGUCAAAAGCGUAAGGUUGGCAUGAUGACUAUGGCUGAGAAAUCGCUACUUCGGACUCCACAUACUACACGAACUGUCGAAGACAGAAAAAAAUUGUGCACAAUUGUAGCAAAUCUCGCAUGUUUUUCGAAAUUUCCACCUAAAAUUCGUGCCCGAUUGGUUCCCCAUGUCAAAUUUAUGGCUGUUACCCCAGGUCGUAUCAUAAUGAAAGAAGGAGAUUUUCCUGUAACUAUUUACUUUAUUAUUGCUGGUGAAGUGGAAAUGACAAGAAAUAUAUUUAGCAAGCUAAAACAGGAUAUCGCAAACAUCAAAUAUAGUCGGCGGAUCCUUAUGAAAUUUGGUAUGUCGUAUACUAUUUUGUAA